GACCGAAAUUUUAUAAUUUUGUUGGUGAAGUUUUUGUAAAUAUUUGAAACAAAUUAAGUAAGCAAAGGGGGGACGAAUUUUUUGCUUUCUUUUUACAAUCAAAAGUGUUUUUGCAAGAGUGUACUCCUUGUUAUAUUUUCAUACCCGAUGUACCGAAGAGUGUUGUUGUUUGCUCACUCUAAGUUCAAAGGGAAUUUGAUCGAUUAGUAAAUCAUUAAUUUGCAUACCAAUUUACGUAAAAACAAUAAAAAUGACUGCACAACCCAAUACGAUAAUAUUUAAUUCAUCAAAGAAUGAAAUUUUCCAACUAUCCGACAAUUACAAAACCGUUCACCGAAAAUUGAAAACGAAUUGGAAGUUGGAAAUAAACAACAAGGAAAUAGACAAAGACACGUUCAAGAGUAAUGUCCUAAUGUUCGUAUUAGCCGGUCCACAAAGUCAGUUUACAGAAGACGAAUUCAAACAUAUUAAGGAAUUUAUAGACGGAGGCGGAAAAUUAUUGAUUCUGAUGGGUGAAGGAGGAGAACAAGAAUUCAACACAAAUGUCAAUUUCUUACUCGAGGACUAUGGAAUGUCAAUAAAUAACGACUCAACCGUCCGAACGCAAUAUUACAAAUAUUUCCAUCCGAAAGAGUGUAUGAUUGGCGGUGGCAUUGUCUGUGAAUCAAUGUGGCAGUCGUUACUCGAGCAAAAUAUCAGCACCAUUCCGUUCGAGUUUAGCGAUGAAAAAUUGAAAAUUCAAUUUCUGUAUCCUUACGGUGCUACAUUAAAUGUGGCUCAACCAUCAAACAUCUUGAUGACAACUGGAGCGGUUGUCUAUCCAUUUAAUCGGCCGAUUGCUGGAUAUUUUUGUAACGAAAAGAAUGGGAAAAUCCUAACAAUUGGUUCCGGUCACAUGUUUCAUGAUAAGUAUAUUGUGGAGGAGACCAAUAUGGCUAUCUUGGACUACAUAAUGAAAAUUAUGACUGCAGAUGAUUUCAAAUUCAGUUCUUAUGAUUUUGGAGACAUAGACAUAAAUGAUAACAGAAUGGUACCCGACACAAUAUUCCUGGCUGAACAAGCCAAGAUGUGCUUACUUGAAUCGCUUGACUGUGACAUACCAGCUGAUUUUAAGAAAAUGUUCAACAUGCGCUUACAUUCGAUAAACAACGAUUUAUUACCCAAUGUUAUUGAGUUAUAUAAACAGUUGGGUGUGCAAUACGAGCCGUUGAAAAUAAUCAAACCACAAUUCGAGAUACCAUUGCCACCACUACAACUUGCGGUUUUCCAGCCUGUUUUCAGUGAUCUCCCACCUCCGGCUCUGGAACUAUUCGAUCUGGACGAAGCAUUUAGCUCGGACCGUGCUCAGAUCACCCAACUGACGAACAAAUGUAUGGCAAUUGCGGAGGAAUCAAAGAUGUUGCCGGAUGAAAAAGAAUUGGAAUAUUUCAUUAGAGAAUGUGGUCGGAUUUUGGGUGUUCAUCAAGACAGUAAUCAAGUAACACCUAAGGACAUACUCUAUGAGAUGUGCGUUAAAAUUGCAAAGUAUAAAAAAUUGGAUGGGGAGUAAAAUGAGAAUCGCCAUUAGAAUGGUAUGAAUGAGAUGGAAUGCAGACGACACAUCUCUGUACGGAAGAGCAAGACUUCAAGGAAAUUAUUUUAUGCCACAAAAAAAUCCUACAACUGAAACAAAUAAAUGUUCUGUUCGAAAUUAAUAAAUUUACAAUUUUUUUUCUUUUAGUAUACGAGUCGAACAAGCUACUGGCUGGCAAUAUUUCGUCUGGCAUUAUUUGUUAUUAUUAUGUCAAAUUCAUUUCAGCUGAUGGGGAUAAAUUAAAAGACCGUUUUUGAUACUGCGUUCUCUAAAUACACUCAUAUACAAAACACAUAAAUGGAUGUGAUAAUAUGAUACCUUUCAGAUGAAUAACGCAUCGUAGAAAAUGUUGGUUGUGUUUUUUAUGAAUGAGAAUUUUUUUGUCAUCUUUUUUUUUAACACAAGCGUUAUAAUUGAAACAACGGAAACACAUUGCUGCGGAUAAUUUAUAGGCCAAACACGUAAUUAAAAAUAAACGAUGUUA